AUCAUACGUAAAGUACGCGUAUACUCUUUAAUAUUUCCAUUUGAUUUCAAUAACGUUCUCAUUUUGUAGUCGAAACCGUAUCGAUACAGGAACUUGUCUAUCUCUGUGUUAAUCGCUUUCAUUAUAAACCAAAAAGAAUUUCAGAUGAGAUAACCGAAACCUGCUUAUUCUUAUUUCCUUAAACAUCGAAAAGGGGCAACGUUGUUUUGGUUCUUACAACAGAAGUUAUAACGUCACUGAAAAGUUGUAAAGAAUGCAGCGUGUAAUUAAACUAAAUCUAAUCAACGAAACUAGUUCGGUUUUUCGACGGUCUUUAUCCAUCGGUCGAACAGCUAGUUUUCAAUCUUUCAAUGUGCAAGAUCAAGAAGAUUUCCAGAAAAGAGUUUUAAACGUAUCCACGCCAGUCCUUGUUGACUUUCACGCCAAAUGGUGUGGGCCAUGCAAGACGCUAGGACCUAGGCUGGAAGCCUUAGCUGCUGAAAAGUUAGAUAAAUUUCAUCUUGCCAAGGUUGACAUUGAUAAUGUCCCGGAGCUGGCUGAAGAAUAUAACGUCACAGCUGUACCAUCAGUCAUUGCAAUUAAGGGAGGAAAAGUGGAAGGAUCAUUUGUUGGAGUUUUGGAUGAUGACAAACUCAGAGCAUUUGUCAAUAAAUUGAUUGGAGAAUGAUCUUUGCUUCUUUUGUAUGAUGUAGGGGGAAAUUACACAGUUUGUUUGAGAUAACCCACAAAAACUAGUAUCACAUCCACCAGAGUCCAAACACCAGCUCCUCCAAAGCUAAACAACUUGCCUAUUCCUUCCUAAAAGACAAAGAAAAAUUGGUUGUUGUUUGUAACUGAUUCUCUAAACAGACUUACCUGCCAGUGCCCAAGAUAGAACCUAUCUGCUCCAAACCCACCUAAAGUGAUGCUCAACAAUAGUGUUGUGCUCCACUUGUAUCCAGAAUGAAUUAUUAGUUCCAAAGCAGAUGCUGAUAUGAUACAAGAAACUAUUACUUUGUAUCCAGAAGUCCAGUUGCAUCUAAUAUUUUUGAAAAAAAUUCUCUGUCCCAAACAAAGAACAUGUGACUUAACAGUGCAAUUGGACCUAUACUUCUGAACUGGAUUGGCAGCCGAAUUACAGUAGCUGCCUGUUGCAUUGCAAGAAUGAUCUUCUGGCAAAGUUUGGUAACAAUACUGACAUUUCAUUACUUUCUCAAAGACCUUAGGACCCUGUUAAAUUUUAAGAUUACCAUCCACACAAAACUGUGCAUAUCUACUAUAUCAAAUAAUACCUCACACUGGGGAAUAGCUUGACAAGUGACAUUUACAAGUCCACCGUAGACACAAGUGAAGUUGAACUUGCAAAUCAUGCAGUCAACAGGUAAUAAAUGACAUGCCGUCCCAACAGGGCAUAAAGAAUUCGAAGUUUCCCAUGACAUUUCUUUUUCGCUGGAAAUUUCGAUCGUUCGCUCAUACGGAUAAAUGUUUCCAGAAUCCACGUCUGUGAUGUUACCUUUGGUCAUUACUUCACAUGAUUCCUGCAGACAAGCUCCUUCUGUUUGGUUAAUUGCACUCGAGUUCAAGAAAUCAUUUUCUGCUUGAAUUGGGAUAAGAAUGAAGCAAACUAUCAAGUAUAGUAAGAAACGAAAUUUAACAUUUGACAUUUUUUUUUUUUACUAUACGGCAAAUGCUUGUUGGGAUACAGCGGCGCUAAUGUAUUUUAUUACAUAUCACGACAAUAUUUGUCAAGUUGACAUUUCACAAUUCACAUUUGACACAUGACAGUUAACAAACACUUUCAGUUGAAACAUAGUCAAAAUAACGUGUUUAGAAUUAAAAUAACUUUGAUAAUCUCACGUAACUUUUGUCGUAUGGUCAUCAGAUGGACUCGACGGGAAUGGAUCCCUGUUUAUGUAAGCUGAGGGGUUGGAUUUGGUUGCUCACUA